AUGUGGCAAUUUUUUUUUAUUGCUGUUGGUAGUUUAACUCAGAUGCAGACUGUCUGGGGAUCGAAAUGUCAAUGUGGCAAGCCGUCCGAGGAUAUUGUAUCGAUGAGGAUAGUGGGCGGGCGUAGAGCUGAGCCUCAUUCGUUUCCGUGGACGGUGGCUAUUUUGAAGGGAAAUCACGUGCACUGCGGCUCUGCGCUCAUCACAGACAGGCACUUGCUAAGUGCUGGGCACUGUUUCAAAUGGGAUGAUUUUAAAACAAUGAACGUCUUAUUGGGUCUUGAUACAUUAGACGAUCAAGAAAACGUUGAGAAGAGGAGAAUAUCAAACGUAAUCAUUCAUGAAGGCUUUAGGUCAACGGCAGUUCGAGAUGAAAACGAUAUUGCUAUAGCAACAUUAAAUUAUCCUGUAAAAUUCAGUGAUGUGAUAAUACCUAUUUGCUUGCCACAGCCAGGACAAACUUUCGGUGGGACAAUGGGAACUAUAGUAGGAUGGGGGCGACUUGGAGUCGAUAAAUCUACAUCUAAGUCGCUAAUGAAAGCAAGCCUUAAAAUACUCAAUGACGAGAGUUGUAUGAGGUCUAAGUUGUCAUCUCAUUUAAAGCCGAUGAUGAUGUGUGCAUACUCUCAAGGAAAGGAUGGUUGCCAGGGAGACAGUGGGGGACCACUUGUUGUAUUUGAAAAUGAUGGAAAAUAUGUCCAAGCAGGUGUGGUUUCGUGGGGCAUUGGUUGCGCGGAUCCUAGAUACCCAGGCGUAUACACUAAAGUCAGUCAAUACGUCAACUGGAUUAAAGAACACACGGCAGAUGGGUACACUUGUGAU